UUAACAAUUGUGUUUUCCGCGAGAAUAUCUAUAACUAUGUGUUUUAUUGGCGAACAACUCAUUAACGGGCUAUAAAAUUCAUUAAGUGCUGUAUAUGUAUAUUAGCUACUGAUGCGAUGGAAUUUUCAUUCAUCAACAAGGCGAACUUCGACAAGGAUUGUUUAUACAAUGCGAAUUCCGAAUUUUACAACAAUAGUGCCAAUGGGGGACUGUCCGUCGCUAACCACAUGAAUCACUAUAAUCUAAUGAUUGACUCCAGCUAUAAGCUAUGUGCGAAUGAGACUGCAAUAAGGAGUUCUCUAAACCAGGAAUCGAGCUUACUAUUUUCCAAAAUCACCACAGUUUCGGAAUUUUACCCUGCAACUCAUAACAUUGCAUCUUAUAACUCUGACUUCCAUCUAAAAUCUUAUGGAGAUGACAGUUUGAGCUUGACGGAUAAAUCGAAACAGAGAAGGAUUCGAACUACUUUUACAUCUAACCAACUAAACGAACUGGAAAAGAUAUUUUUGGAGACCCAUUAUCCAGAUAUUUAUACCAGAGAAGAGAUCGCAUCAAAACUACAUUUAACCGAAGCCAGAGUUCAGGUAUGGUUCCAAAACAGAAGAGCCAAAUUUCGCAAACAGGAGAGACAUGCCAUUUACAUAAUGAAGGACAAGUCCAUUAAAAUGGAUGGCCGUAAGAAUCCUGCAGCUGGCUCAAAAUAUCUAAGUCCAUCUCUUAAGGGAUCGCAAAAUGCCCGUCAAAUGAAAUGCUUAUACGAUCAAAUAUAGACAGUGCUAAUAUCGAUGUAAAUAUUAGUAUACAUUUU